UUAGAACGCGGCGGGAAGGGACCGGUCGGCCGAUCGUCGACGCCAUCGAGGCGGGUGAAUAACGGAAAAGCCGGCAGAGUGAGAAAAACCGAUAAGAGGACGAAGAAGACGGAUAAAAUAGAAGUGCAAAAAUCGGGAAGAUUUUGCAGUGUUUGCAGUUUCUUGGUGUUUUCGGCGAAAUUGAGCCCUUGCGAACGCCAGUUGCACUCUGAAACGGCACUGUAGAGGUAUUAUGCGUCGGUUGAGCAUGAAAAACAAACAUAGAAAAUCGGAGACGGCAAGCGACAGCGAAUCAGAGAAAAAUGGCGGCGCACGCAUAGCCACCGAUAGCGACGAAAAUGAUGACGCGCUCGUAACGCGAAAGUCCGCCUCGAAGAGACGCUCGUCGCGCGGUGCAUCGGCUCAGAAGCCGGCGACGGAAAAUGCGGAAGCGGAUGAUGGUAAUAAGGAUGACUCCGCGGCAGAAAAAGAGCAAACGAAUGGCGAGAAGACCGCUGGACAGAAACUUUCUAAUAAACGCAGAAAGAAAGAGGAUCAGAAGGCAUCCACCUCCGCUCGGGACAAAUCCCCUGACAACGAGUACGAGGUAGAGGAGCUGAUUAAUCUGCGUACCAUUAAAGGUCGCAGACAAUUUUUAGUGCGAUGGAAAGGUUACGGAGAGUCUGCUGAUACUUGGGAAAAUGAGAAAGAUCUGAGUUGUCCCGAACUAAUCCAGGAGUAUUUAGCUAAGGAAAGAGAAAAGGAUAUAAAAUCGUCAAAAACUGGAUCAGUCAAGGCAGACAGAUCUAGAAAAUCUAAAGGAAAUUCUAAAAUAAAGACGGAAAAUGAAGAAAAUAUUAAGGAAAAAGAAAAAGAAGGUUCAAAGGAGUUUGAAGUCGAGAAAAUAGUCGAAGUACGUUUUAAAAAGAAUGGUUCAAGAGAAUUCUUAAUUAGAUGGAAGGGAUUUGGUCCAGUUGAUGAUACAUGGGAGCCGGAAAAGAAUCUGAAUUGCCCGGACCUCAUAUCUAAGUUUAUGCAAAAAGUGGAGCGAGCAAAGAUCUCCGACAUGCGAGAACUCAGAACAAAUCGAGUGCACACUAAACGAUAUACAUUAUCGACACAAGACAGCGGGAGGAGAUUGUCGAAACGUAACAAAGACAAGCAAAGGGCAACUUAUCAUGAGUGCGACUAAUGAAGAUGAAUGACACAGUCUCAUAAUCUUUAUUUUAAUCUUAACCCCUUAACACGCAAGCCCGUGUUAACUUCGGGUAUGAAAAAUAAUUAUUACUAAAAAAUCACACUAUUUAUGUAUACGUAUCUGAUGAGUAUAGAUGCUUGUCAAGAAUGUUUAAGUUUUGUUUAUUCUGUUAUCAACCAUUAAAACCUGUGCGUUAAGGGGUUAAAGAGAGAAUUUACUUUAUAUAUAGUCAGUAGUUUUGCAAAAAAAGAACAGAAAGCGGUUUGAGAGAAAGAAAUAAACAAAAAGAAUAUAUCAAAAAUAAUUUGCUAUACAUGGUUAGCUUGUACUUCUAAACUAGAGAUUAUAAGUAUAUAAUAUAAAUGCACAUCUUUUCAAAGAAGAUAGAGAAUCUCUGUGAAUAAAUCAGGCAGGUAACUCAUAUAGGCAUCAUACUGUUUAUUUUAGACUUUUUUUUUAUCAGAGAUACUUGUGGACAAAUUAUAAGUAUAACUUAAGGCUUCUGAUCUUUUAGCAAUGUUGAAUUAUAACAAAAUUUUAUACUUUUUUACAUUUUACAUUAUAUAUUAAAAUCAAUUUAUUGUUUGUAUUGGAUAAAAUAUAGUGAAAACUUAUCAUUUUGUAAAUUAAUUUUAUGUAUUAAAAAACGCAGAAAAACUAAGUGUUUUUGAAUGAAUGAAUUUUCGACAAAAGUUGAUUAAUGAUGUCAUUGAAUUGUCUCUACUAAUAAAAUUUGAAUUUGUAGUAAUUGAUCUAAGAUGUAUCAAAGUCUGUUCACUCAAAAACGCUAUAAGUUUUUGGUAUAGUGUACAAAUUUAUAUUGUCAAGUGUGAAUGGUGACUAAGAUUUUGGCAUUUAAUGCAGAGAAAAUCGUAUAUCAUUGACGUUAUAAUUCAAUAUAGUUACAAAGGCCAAGAGGCUUUAAGAUUAGAAUGAAAAGAAUAAGAUAUAGCUCUAUUUCGAAUACAUUUUAGAUCAUAAAAAGUAAUCUUCUUUCAUAUAAAAAUGUUUUCUGUGCAUGCACAAGAGAUAUAACUAAGCUACGUUACAGUAAUAACAUUCAUGUAUUAAACUAAUAUUUUUCCCUAAGAUAAGUUUUUUAAAAAGAAAAAAAGGAUUUGAAGCUGUAUUGUGUGUGUCCUAUUAAACUACGACAAAUGGUUUUCACUAAUUUGUCAAUAUGCAAUAUGAAAUUACUAUAAUUAUAGCAUAAGAAAAUUAAAGAAAACACUAAUGUUUAA